AUGGACUCGGCUACACCAGACAGCUACCUGCAAUGUCUGCCUCACGAGACAUUGCAGCAAAUCGCAGGUCAUAUUGCCGACUCGCAUCCACCCAGCCUUAAUGCAUUGGCCUUGACCAGUAAAACUUGCCAUGAGGUCGCCACCCUAUUCAACUUUCGCCAAGUCCAUCUCACAGUUCGCAAUCCCAAGCAAUUAGAACAUGAUGUUGCAGCCCUGGUUGCAGCGCUCUCCCGCACAGAGUCUAUUCGCCAUGUUCACAGCCUUACCCUUGAAGGCUUUCUGGAUAUGGAUAGACCAGUGGAUAAGAAGGGGACGCUAGAUUGGUGGGAGUCAACUCAGGUCAGAGAACCUCAUAUCAACAAUAUCCUGCCCAAUAAAGAACCAAUCCCUUCCGGGUUCUAUUAUAUUUAUGAUAAAUUUUGGGAACUAUCUUCUGAGGAGGAUACAGCAUGGGCCCCAGUUAUUGACUUGAUCAAAAUGCUACCGUCUAUAGCUAAGAUCAUAUAUAACUGCCCAAAUCACUUCCCACCUAGCCUUCUUAAUGCCCUCCAUCAAAACCAUACCCAGUGCAAAAUUCACUACCUUACAUUCCGACUACAAACCAUAUUACAACAUCCAACUUACGGAAUGACCCUGGCUACAUCCCCAUGCCUUUACAGUGUCAGGCUUCUCGAUUCUUGGCGCGAUUCAGAGGACACUGAUGACUUUAGCCGCGGGGCAAUAAUGCAGCUUGUUGCUGGUCUUGCUCCCAACCUGAAAGAAGUCCAUUUUGUAGGAUUUCGGCCAAAUCUAUCCAACAGAUCCCGUCGCCAACGAGGCUAUUGGCCGGGCCUGCCAGGGUUCAUUCCUGGCAAGAUUGGUUCCUUGACUUCUCUGUCCCUCUUGGGGUGUGCAGACCUAAGCUCCCCGGCUCUUAUCCGGGGAUGGGCAAAGCAUACGGAUUUUGGCUCCCUCCAUCACUUAGCUCUCGGAGGUGAAAAGGGUGGAUGGGGUCUGAAUGGUGUCAAUAACGAAGUCAUGGGGUGGAUUACUCACAAUUGCUCCUUCCCUCAGUUGAAAACCCUCGAGGUCGUUCUGGUACACGAUCACCGCUUUCCAAGAUCUGAAUACUGUGAUAGUGCUGCUAGCUUUUUGGGCGCGUUUAACCCUCUGUGUGAGCUUUCAGUCACCGGCCCGCUAGAAGUCAACAUUUUUGACGCUAUUUUACAUCAACAUGGACAGACAUUGAAAAAGCUGAGCCUGCAUUCAUUGGAGGAGGUGCGCCCGGGAGAUGAAGCUCUGCGGCGAGAAAUGCCAAUGGUAUUCACAAAGGUGCAUGUAUCACAAAUUCAAGCACAUUGUCCAGCUUUGGAGGAGCUUGCUAUCACGGUCAAGCGCACGCAAUCCAACGCGGUCGAGGUUGAAUUAUACAGAUCCUUGGCUAAAUUGGAGCGGUUGCGAUCUCUGUUCCUUAUUUUGGAUUGUUCCGAUUUGAGACCUUUUCGGGACAGCUCUUGUGAUGCUGAAUUCGACGAAGACGAUCAGAGAACCUGGUUAUAUGAAAACAUCAAAAGAGGCCAUCUACGACUAGCCUUGAUGAACUGCGCAGUAGAUGAGACGCUAGCACGAUCAAUCUGGGAGACCAUAUGUCACGAUAAAGUCAGUACGCCAUUGGAAUCUCUCAAAUUAUGGACCACGGGAGUCGGUGAGUUUGGCAAUGGUCAGGACGUCAUGGCCGACUUUGCUGCCAAUAUGAGCCGUUCAUGGCUAGUUGAACGACUUCCUCGAGAUGAUAUAGAGGUUAUCAAUAUCACGGAACUGGGCCAAUAUGCAAGGGAGGCCCGGGAUCAAAGCAGAAAAGAAUGGGAGACACGAUGGAACAAGGGCGAGCCAACCGAGUCGGAGGAAGAAUCAAGGGAAAAUGACGACCGUUUUGCGACCUUUAGAGUGUUUCGCCGUAUUUGGCCCCGAAAAGAGGGUAGCGGGGAUUGGCGUGAAGAUUGGUCAAGUCUGCCUCUACAGGUCUAA